ACAGUCAGUUUCGCGCGUCCGCCGGUGUCUGCUCGAGACAGUUUGCGCAACUUCCCAGGAACGCUCUUAACACCCAUGGACUGUUGGAAGCCACAAAUUCCUCUGGCGGGAAAGCUACGGAUCUCAUUCAUACUGCUGUCGAUUCCAGUAAAUGCGCUCUUAUAAUGUGGCAUAAAGGCGCGUCUCGUUGAUCACAUCUGCUGAUACCUACUGAUCAAUUACCUACAUGACAACAUGACAGGGGAGUUUAAUAACUUAACGUCACUCUUGAUUAAUGCGACCGACUUUCAAAACCACACGAGAGGAUGCUCAUUAACCAAGACUGGUUUUCAGUUUUACUAUUUACCCACUGUGUACAUUAUUGUGUUCAUCGCUGGACUGAUUGGAAACAGUUUGGCCAUAUGGAUGUUUGUGUGUCACAUGAGGCCAUGGAGUGGUAUCUCCGUAUACAUGUUCAAUUUGGCACUCGCGGAUUUUUGUUACGUGCUGUCACUACCCUUUCUCAUUUUCUACUACUUUAAUAAAACAGACUGGAUUUUUGGGGACGUGUUAUGCAGGCUGCAGAGGUUUAUGUUCCACGUGAAUCUAUACGGGAGCAUCCUUUUCCUGACGUGCAUCAGUGUGCACAGGUACUCCGGUGUGGUCCAUCCUCUGAAGUCAUUGGGAAGGCUCAAGAAGAAGAACUCGGUGCGCACAGUCGCUCUGGUGUGGUUCAUAGUUGUGAUGGGAAUAGCUCCGAUUCUCUAUUACUCGCGCACGGGUACUAAAAAAGGCUCCACGACGUGCUACGACACCACUUCAGAGGACGAGCUGCCCGGCUACUUCGUCUACAGCAUGUGCAUGACGGUUUUUGGCUUCUGCAUCCCGUUCAUCAUCAUCCUGAGCUGUUAUGGAGGCAUUGUCAAGGCUCUCAUUUAUAAUGAGAUGGACAAUGCUCCACUAAGGAGGAAAUCAAUUUACCUGGUCAUUAUUGUGCUCACAGUCUUCGCAGUCUCCUAUUUGCCCUUCCAUGUCAUGAAGAACCUGAACAUGAGGGCUCGCCUGUACUUCCAGAGCCCAGACAUGUGUGACUUUAAUAAUAGAGUAUAUGCCACUUACCAGGUGACAAGGGGCCUGGCUAGUCUUAAUAGCUGUGUGGACCCUAUUCUGUAUUUCCUGGCUGGGGACACGUUUAGACGCAGACUGUCCAGAGCCACCAAAAAGUCCUCCAGCAAGGGAGAUAACACUAUCCAGUACAAGAGCGAGGAGACAGCACUUCGGGACAAUCGUGCCUGAGUGUGCUCUGAGAAACAUGUUUUUGUGUGUGUGUGUGAGUGUGUGUGUGUGUGUGUGUGUGUGUGUGUGUGUGUGUGAAUUGUGAUCUGUAACACCUGUAUGUUGUGGAACUGAGCACAUUCCCCCAGACUGAUUGGAUGCUUUAUUAAAUUAGAGUUAGCAUAUUCAAAAUCAUUGUACUGUACUCUUGCCAGUGUUACUCAUUUUAUUACUACUGAAACAUGCUGUAUGUUUGUUUGUUUGUUUUUUGUGUUGUUUUUGCCUAAUGUGAUUUUCCACUAAGAAUGGAUCAAAACUGACUGUGGAGUAACUCUGAACUAAAACUGAACAAACAUUUACUAACUAACUGUUUAAUGCAUUAACAGCAACAAUUGCUUUGCACAUAUAACAAGCACUGACAUUUUAUUUGAGGAUGACUGAAUGGCACCAAGCACAUUUUAAUCCCUGCAUUGUUUUCAGUAAAUAGUUAAGAUGCACUAUAUAUAUAUAUAUAUAUAUAUAUAUAUAUAAUUAAUUGUCUACCUGUGGCUGUUGUACAUUUUAAGGCAUCUAAGUUUGUUUCAGCUGCGAUGUGAUGAAUUUAUAUAUUGCUCUGUAUUUUACUCUGAUACUGUAAAGAUGUGUGACCCAGUGCUGUGUAGAUCAAAUGAAUUUCAGCCCAUGAAUUAUGAAGGGACUGUUAUAACCAUGUUUCAAAUUGUCAGUAAUACUGUAUGUGCAUAAUGUCCUGU